AUGGCUUUUACAAAUAGAAUUGGUAAUCUCUUGAAGAAAUCUGUAACUUCCAGUCCAUUAUUUCAAGCAGCAAGGUGGAUGUCAUCCUCAAAAGUUUUUGUUGGAGGACUUUCAUAUGACACAGAUGAUCAAAGUUUGAGAGAAGUAUUUACUAGUUUUGGUGAAGUGGUUGAAACUCGAGUUAUCAUGGACAGGGAAGCUAGAUGGUCCAAGGGGUUUGGAUUUGUGACAUUUACUUCUAGCAAAGAAGCCUCUACUGCCAUUAGUGGCAUGGAUAAAAAGGAUGUUCAUGGCUGGAUGGUCAGAGUUAAUUAUGCUAUUGAUCGAAUGAGUGGAUUUCAUGGCGGUGGUGGUUAUGGAGGCAGCUAUGGUAGUGGUGGCUAUGGUGGCGGGGAGGUACUUCUAGAGGUGGCUAUGGAUCCACGAUCCUAG